AGCUGACCAACAUGGCCGAAGGUAGUAGUGGGGAGGGCGAUCCAUCUGAAGAAGAAAAUCCAUUUUCUUUCCGAAAGUUCGUCGGAAAACCCGGCAGCAAGGGCCAGGAACAAAAAUCGACAAAGGCAGAGAAAACGACAGAUCAGGAAAAGGACGAUUUACUGGAUAUCUUUGCCGGACCGGCGGAGGUGAAACCGAGAGAGCAGCUGAAAGUCCAGUUGGAGGAAGAAGACGCCCCUCCUGCAAAAGGAAAAGCCAAAUCAAAAAAGGACAAGAACCCAUUUUCCUUCAAGGAAUUCUUGAGAGAGUCGGCAACAAAAGGCGCCAAGUCAAAAUCAUCACCUCAAAGAAAGAGCCCACCUGAACAACACCUUCUACCACCUGUAUCACCUCCUAAAUCCUCCACAUUCCAACAGCACACAGGAGACGAGCUUCCCCCCGUCACCUCCACGGAGCUGCCAGACUUUGUUCAGGACUACUUCCUAACAGACACUAAAACUUCCAUCCCAGAGACACACCUUCCCAGCUUCUUCUCCGAUCCAGAAGUUCCUGGAGUGUUGGAUGGAGCAGGGCCGCAGGAUGCGCAGCCAUUGGACAACGUGUUGGGAGCCGGGCGAGCCUCCGUGGAGGUACCUACGGUAGACCCUGAAGGAUCUGUGGAGCCAUCAGUACAGGAGGGUCCCAUCAACUUACCUGACUUCCUGUCAGAUGGUGCCAUGUGUAAUGGGGAGUUGGAGGAGCAGGGACAGGAAAGUACAGGUGCUGCUGCAGGUGUGGAUCACACAGUGUUUGCACAGGUGGAGAAGGACAAUGGAACAUUGAGAAGGCAGUUGGUAGAGGCCAGGAGACAAGUGCAAUCUCAGACAGAGAGAAUAUCGGAGCUGCAGCAGCAGAUGGCAGCACAGAGUAAGGCAGAAGCAGAAGAGACGGCAGCACUGGAGAGGAUGGUACAACAGGUGGAAACCAACCUGGAGGUGGCAACAAAAAGAGCUGUUACAGCUGAAGAAACAAUAGCCAAACUAAAGAAGGAGAUCAAAUCACUUCAGGCCCAAGUGAGCUCACUAUCCCAGGAGAACAAUGCUCUAAGAGCAGGAGACUCCCCCCUGACUGGUGUGAGAGAAAAGGCCAAGUCUGCAUCAGAACAGCUGUCCACUGCUGCUAAAAAUGCAGACCAGUCCAUUAGGCAACUACUCACUGGUGUGGAAACACUGAAACUAGUGUCAGAUUUGUUGGCAGACAUAGACAAAAUUACGGAGGUGAAAGAAGAGCCACCUCCACCUGAUACCCAAGGAGCAACCUCAUGAUCAUCACAGAUGUACAUGACAGAUAAUCAGAGCCUAACAGACACUUCCAUUGAAAAGCAGGCAAACAGUUUUAAAAACUUUGUAAGAUUUUAAUAACUAAUUUAAGGUGAAAUUGUAUGCAAUUGGAUGGCAAGAUAGUGAUU